AUGAGGAAUCAACAGGUUGGAUUUAUACAGGAGACCUGCAGAUAUUUGGGUCCGAUAAACCUUCCACACGACUUCUCCAACCAUCUGAUGACUUCUACAAUGUUUCUUUCACAGCUUGUGAAUCCGGGUGAAGAUCUGAACAAUAUUAAUCCUACAGAGACAUAUGUGAGGGGUGAUGAGCAGAGUACAGAGGACAUUCCUACAGAUAACCGCCCAGAUGACUGUACCAAAAGCUCAGGAAAACAUCUGAUAUCUUCAGAUUUCAGAGUAGACGAUCAGCGUAUCACACAAGAUACAUAUGAAGAACAUGCCAUUGCCACAGAUCUACCUUCAGCCAUUCAAAGCAAAGAUCCAUUAUCUGAUCCUUGCAAGCAGGUUCUAUCUUCUGAUUCAUCACAGACUGUUAAUCAAAAUAAAAGUCACAGAGAUGAAAAUCAAAGAGCUCACACAGGAGAGAAGCCAUAUUUAUGUUCAGAAUGUGGAAAAUAUUUUAACCAUAAAUCGGCUCUUAUUAGACAUGAGAGAAUUCACACAGGAGAGAAGCCGUUUUCAUGUUCAGAAUGCGAGAAAUGUUAUAGCUCAAAAUCAGCUCUUGUUAUUCAUCAGAGAACUCACAUGAUAGAGAAGCCAUUUAUAUGUUCAGAAUGUGGGAAAUGUUUUCACCAGAAAUCAGACCUUUUUAGACAUCAAAAAAUUCACACAGGGGAGAAGCCGUUUUCAUGUUCGGAAUGUGGGAAAUGUUAUAGCAGUAAAUCAGCUCUUGUUUUACAUCAGAAAACUCACACAGGAGAGAAGCCAUAUUCAUGUUCAGAAUGUGGGAAAUGUUUUAUACAAAAAUCAGACCUUUUAAGACAUCACAAAAUUCACACAGGGGAGAAACCAUUUUCAUGUUCAGAAUGUGGGAAAUAUUUUCAUCAGAAAUCAGAUCUUGUUAUACAUCAGAGACAUCACACAGUUGAGCGGCCGAGGCUAUUUUCAUGCUCUGAAUGUGGGAAAUGUUUUCAACAGAAAUCAGAUCUUGAGAAACAUCAGAGAAUUCACACAGGGGAGAAGCCAUAUUCAUGUUCAGAAUGUGGGAAAUGUUUUCACCAGAAAUCAAAUCUUGUUUUACAUCAGCGAAUUCACUUAGGGGAGAGGCCGAGGCCAUUUCCAUGUUCUGAAUGUGGGAAAUGCUUUACAGAUAAAUCGGCUCUUGUUACACAUCAGAGAAUUCACACAGGAGAGAAGCCAUUUUCAUGUUCUGAAUGUGGGAAAUGUUUUAAUCGAAAAGCAAAUCUUAUUGAGCACAUUAAAAGUCAUACAGGGAAGCAAAUUACGGAACUAUCCGCCGUUCUAAAACGUAUGACAAUCUGUAAAGUUGGUACCGAUUUUUCUAUGAACAAGCGAAACGCUCAUUCAUCAGAUAAUCUGAUCAUUGACUGCAGUGGUCAUGUGAAGAACAAGAUGAUUGAGCUGCUGACUGGAGAGGUUCCUAUAAGGUGUCAGGAUGUCACCGUCUAUUUCUCCAUGGAGGAGUGGGAGUAUUUAGAAGGACACAAAGAUCUGUACAAGGACGUCAUGACGGAGGAUCACCGGCCGCUCACAUUGCCAGCAGAUGACUGUACCGGAAGCUCAGAGAGAUAUCGGAUAUCUUCAGAUCUUAAAGCAGAUGAUCGGGGUAUCACACAAGAUACAUAUGAAGCACAUGCCAUUGCCCCAGAUAUACCAUCAGCCAUUCAAAGCAAAUAUAUAUUAUCUUAUCCUUUAAAACAGGUCAGAUCUUCUGAUUCAUCACAGACUAUUAACCAAAAUAAAAGUCACAGACAGAGUGACUAUUGGAGAUCUCACACAGGGGAGAAGCCAUAUUCAUGUUCAGAAUGUGGGAAAUGUUUUACUCAGAAAGCAUCAGUUUUUGCUCACUGGAGAAUUCACACAGGGGAGAGGCCAUUUUCUUGUUCUGAAUGUGGGAAAUGUUUCAGACAGAAAUCAGCUCUUGUUACUCAUCUGAGAAUUCACACAGGAGAGAAACCAUUUUCAUGCCCAGAAUGUGGCAAAUGUUUUACCCUGAAAUCAACCCUUGUCAAACAUCUAAAAGCUCACACAGAUGAGAAGCCCUAUUUAUGUUCAGAAUGUGGGAAAUGUUUUCAACUUAAAUCAAAUCUUAUUAAACAUGUGCGAAUUCACACAGGGGAUAAGCCAUAUUCAUGCCCAGAAUGUGGUAAAUGUUUUACAGAUAAAUCAUAUUUUAAUAGACAUAAGAGAAUUCACACAGGGGAGAGGCCAUAUUCAUGUUCUGAGUGUAAAAAAUGUUUUAACACUAGAUCAGAUCUUGUUAAACAUCAGCGAGUUCACACAGGGGAGAAGCCAUUUUCAUGUUCUGAAUGUGGCAGGUGUUUUAAAAUUAAAUCAAAUAUUAUUGCCCACUAUAGAACUCAUGCAGGAAAGCAUCCAUUUUCUUUGUAAUUUUUUUUUUAAUAACAUAAUACCAGAAAAAAAACACGUAUUUUUUGUCCUAUAAGACGCAGUGGGGAAAAAUAGCCGUGCUUCUUAUGGGGCGAAU